UUUCACUGUCGCCCCUCCCAGGAGCCCCGAGGGAGGGGCUCAAGGUUGCCGCUGCCCGCCGCGGUCUGCGGGUCUCAUCUACGACUAGGCGGGUAGGGAGCUUUGCUGGACGCCCGCAUCCUCACGCCGGAGUUCCGGAGCGCGGAGCGGACGUCCCCAGCGUGGGGGCAGCAGCCUGGCACCAGCAGCUCUCGCUACCAGCGGGUCUCAGACUGUGCGUGCCUUAGGUCGUUGGCAGCUCGGCUCAGAAAUGGAGAAGGGAUACAGCACGGUCACUUUCGACGGGGCGCCCAGCUAUGGUCACACGCCCUCGCACCACGCGGCGCAGUUUCCCAACCACUCCUUCAAACACGAGGACCCUAUGAGCCAGCAGGGCUCUCUGGGCGAGCAGCAGUAUUCGGUGCCGCCCCCGGUGUACGGCUGCCACACCCCUUCCGACAGCUGCACAGGCAGCCAGGCCCUGCUGCUGAGGACGCCCUACAGCAGUGACAAUUUAUACCAAAUGACCUCCCAGCUUGAAUGCAUGACCUGGAAUCAGAUGAACCUAGGAGCCACCUUAAAGGGAAUGGCUGCUGGGAGCUCCAGCUCAGUGAAAUGGACAGAAGGGCAGAGCAACCACAGCACAGGGUAUGAGAGUGAGACCCACACAACCCCCAUCCUCUGUGGUGCCCAGUACAGAAUACACACCCAUGGCGUCUUCCGAGGCAUUCAGGAUGUGCGGCGUGUGUCUGGAGUGGCCCCAACUCUUGUCCGGUCAACAUCUGAGAGCAGUGAGAAACGUCCUUUCAUGUGUGCUUACCCGGGCUGCAAUAAGAGAUAUUUUAAGCUGUCCCACUUACAGAUGCACAGCCGGAAGCACACUGGUGAGAAACCAUACCAGUGUGACUUCAAGGACUGUGAGAGAAGGUUUUCUCGCUCAGACCAGCUCAAAAGACACCAAAGGAGACACACAGGUGUGAAACCAUUCCAGUGUAAAACUUGUCAGCGAAAGUUUUCCCGGUCCGACCACCUGAAGACCCACACCAGGACUCAUACAGGUAAAACAAGUGAAAAGCCCUUCAGCUGUCGGUGGCACAGCUGUCAGAAAAAGUUUGCGCGGUCAGACGAAUUAGUCCGCCACCACAACAUGCACCAGAGAAACAUGACCAAACUCCAGCUGGCGCUUUGAGGGCUCCGACCGGGGGACCGUUCAGCAUCCCAGGCAGGACAGCGUGCAAACCGAUUCCAAAUCUGAUUUGAAAUUCCUCCCCACUCACCUACAAAACGACUCGAUAGGGGAUCGUCAUCCAGCUGCCCAGACAGCACACGUGUUUGACCACAUCCUAUACAUCGGGUUUGCUGGAAAUAGUCUGUGCUCCACCUACUCUUGGCUAACUCACAGGCCUGAAAAAAAUGGCUCAAGAUGACUUGUUGGUUGAAAGCACAUUGCCAUUGGGUCUGAGUUUUCCACUGUUAGAAGAGCCAUUGUUAAUAAUGUCCCCCUACCUUCCUCUUCUCCAUUCUGCACAUUUUCACCAGGAUUGGAGCGACUGUUCCAUUUUCCAUCAUGGGAUAUUUAUAGGCCAGGGCAUGUGUAUGUAUCUGCUAAUGUAAACUUUGUCGUGGUUAACCUUCACUAACAGCCCUAGAAAGAAAUAAAUCAGAGAGCAAGGCACCAGGGGGCAAAUAUCGCCGAGGAUUCCAGAGGUCAGGCUGCAAACCUGGAAUCCUGGAAGGCAGAAAUUCUACCAGGCGGCUUUUAAAGCUCAUAGGUUUCAAGUAACUGAGUAGUGGAUUAGAAUUAACCAGAACCUCUGUAUAGAAACCUGAGGAGCCUUCCUGUUCAGUUAUUCAUUGUUAACAUUAGCACUGUGCUCUUAAGAGAUAAUGUUUAAAGAACAGAGAUUUUUUUUUUUGAAAAAUGUUUUUGAUUUAUUUUUUAGUUGUAAUUAGGAACAUCUUCAGAGAAGUACUUUCCUUUCACGCAAAGGGAGUGGAAGAACUCAUUUUCAUCAUCUGGGGUGUCUUUAGAGUAUAAAGACCACACUGGCUAUGUGGUUGCAAGUUGUAAAAAUUAAAAUGACUUUAAAGGAAACUAGGGGCUGGUCCAGGAUCUUCACUGGGAAGACUGUUCUUAAGUAACUUAAGUAUCUGUGACUCUGCAAGUAUGUGGGAAAAAAAGAUAUAUUAUUGUGAGGAAAUCCAUUGUUUAAAGGAGUGUGUGUUGUUGUUGUUGUUGUUUUUUAAAGGGAGGGAGUUUAUUAUUUACUGUUGCUUGAAAUACUGUGUAAAUAUAUAUGUAUAUAUGAUGUGCUCUUUGUCAACUAAAAUUAGGAGGUGUAUGGAUAUUAGAUACAUCACUGUGUGGAUGUCAAUCUUACAGUGUAUUAAUGAUAAUACUAAAAAUGUAACCUGCAUUUUUUCCCACUUGGCUGUCAAUUAAAGUCUAUUCAAAAAGAAAA